AUGGUGGGUGGCCAGUACGGUCAUUUCCUGCACGGGGUGGCCAGCGGGGACCCGCUGCCAAACGCCAUUGUGCUCUGGACAAGAUUGACUCCGUUCAGACAGAAUGCCACAGACGCAUACCGUGUACAAUGGGCUGUGUGGGAGGUAGGCUCUGUCGACGAGGGCAGUCCAAAGUCGACUGCCGCCAAAGGGGAGGCAGCUGCAGUUGAAGAGAACGACUUCACCGUGAAGGAGUUGAAGGUUCGGUCGGUUCCACGGGGCAUGGGUCGCUGGGGCGGACUAGUGGGCGUGAAGCCGACACGGUGGACCUCCGGUCGGCGCUGCGACCAGGCAUUCUCUAUGCCUACCGCUUCGAGAGUGGCCCAUCCAGAUCACCCGAGGGCCCGGCUCAGCUACGCCGUCUUCAGCUGCGCCAACAGGGGCUUCGGCAGCUUCCGGGCCUACGCCGCCGCCCUGGAGCGCAGCAGGGAGCUGCGGGAGCCGCUGGACUUCUGGCUCCAUCUUGGGGACUACAUCUACGAGUACGGCGACGGCUACUACCCGAAACCCUCGGAGACCGUCGUCCCAGGGCUGCAGCCCCGCAACGACGUCGUGGAUUUGCAAGAGUACAGGCAGCGCCAUGCACACUACCGCCUUGACCCGGAUUUGCAGCGGCUGUCGGCAAGUGCCCCGAUGAUCAGCAUCUGGGACGACCACGAAGUCGCCAAUGAUGACUUCAAAGAUGGUGCGGAGAACCACGAGGAGCAGCAGGGAGCCUUCGAGGCACGGAAGCUUGCAGCCAUCCGUGCUUACCACGAGUGGUUGCCGACCCGUGUGGAAUUUGACCUUGCCAACUCGUCUGCCGCCCCUUGGAUGCGCUGGAGACGGUUCGACUUCGGUAGCCUGGCCACCUUGCUCAUGCUUGAGACCCGGCUCGUGGCGCGCACAUCGCAGGCUGAGGUGACGGCACAGACCGUUCGCAGCCAGAUCGCCGGAGUGCUGAACGGGGCUUGGGCACUUUCACCCAGUGCGUGGGCAGGAGGCCGAAUCGAGAAGAAGCUGCUCCGGGUGCGGUCCGAGGUGGAGGCGCAUCGGAAUUCUCCGAACAAGCGAAUGCUCGGAGACGACCAGCUGGCCUGGAUUUCGCAGCAGGCAUCAAGCAAAGGCCAGUGGCUGCUGAUCGGGCAGCCGCAGGUGGUGCAGGAGCUCAUGAGCCCGAACUUCCAGGCCGCCAUUGACAAAAAGAGACGUCAAGGCGACGUGGCUACUGCGGAGUACUGGGAUGCGGUGGUCCAGAACCUGACGAAACGCGGCCGUGGCUACCGAAACUUCACUGGGCCCGGAGUCAACACUGAGGCGCUGGUGUCGUCGAGCUUGCGCAAUGCCUUCCUGGUGGAUCUGGCCGCCGGUCAGUUCCAGAUCCAGCUGAAUUUCGAUAGCUGGACUGGCUAUGUGGCCGAGCGCCGGCGGUUGGCUGAAGCCCUCCGUGCAGCGAAGGGUGGCAUCAUCUACGGUGGUGACUCCCACAAUGCCUGGGCAGGCACGCUUCGAGCAGAAGAUGGCGCAAGUGUGGCCGUGGAUUUCGACGGCAUGUCCGUCACGAGUCCAGGGGUGGAGUCCGAGCGGCCGUUCCUCCCCCCGAGCCUGGAAGCUGCUGCAUGGCAAGCAGCCAAUCCGGAUCUCACCUGGGCGGAUACUUCCCGACGCGGCUUCAUGCUCGUCAAGCUGACUCCCGACCUCCACCACCUGGAGUACAUCGCCGUGGACGUGACGAGUCCCAGCCAAGGCAUUGACGAAGGCAGUACUUGCCUCGCUGCCGUCGACGUCCGUGACCGGGAGUUGCGCAUGAGUGCCUGCAGAGCCUUGGUGGCGGAGCCCGUCCCCGAAGCCUGGCCGUGGCUGCCGAUGGCCUCUUUGUUGGCCUCCUGGGCCUCUUUCUGCGCCUUGGGUGCUUUCCUGGGCUGCCUGUUGAGUCGCUGUCGGAUCCUUCGCCCUUCCAGCCGUCCUGGCCUCUACGAGAAGCACAUGGACAACGAUGAGGUGACUCCACAGAGGAUGGGCAUCGACAUUGGCUGA